AUGGAUUUCUCCAAGUUCCAAGCCUUUGGCAAGAAUGUCUCAGCUUCAUUCACGCCCUUCGCAGCUCGAACCCAACAAUAUGUCAAAGAGAGAUUGGGCCAAUCUGAUGAUAAGACACAACUCCCUCCCGAUUAUAUUGAGUUGGAGAAAAGGGUCGAUGCGUUGAAGAAGGUGCAUCAGAAGAUGCUAUCUGUUACUUCGAAUUUCUCCCAUGAGGGCUAUGAUUACCCGCAAAAUUUGUCGGAAUCGUUCAACGACCUCGGCCGCACUGUUUCCGAAAAAGUCCAACUCCUCUCCUCUGCUACCUCCCCAGCCGAAGCUCAAGCUGCUCUUACAGCCCCUCCAUCCGCAAAACCACAACCCAAAACCUUCAAUCAUGCUAUUGCUCGCGCUGCCUUAGCAUCUAGCCAAAUUCUUCAACAACAAAAUUCCUCUGGAAAUGAAGAUCCUUUAGCUACUGCCCUUGAGAAGUAUGCUCUUGCAGAAGAACGUGUUGGAGAAGCAAGACUUGCACAAGAUAGCCAAAUCCAAAGUCGUUUCCUCGCAGGCUGGUCUACAACAUUGAAUACUAAUUUGAUGUUUGCGACUCGCGCUAGAAAAAGUGUGGAGAAUUCGAGAUUAUUGCUUGAUGCUGCAAAGGCGAAGGCUAAGAAUCCAGGAUGGCAUUUACCUGGUCAAGCAGCUCCUCGACACGAUGGUCAUGAAGAUGAGAUUCAGAGUGAGGAAGCUAGAGUUGAGAUUGAACAAGCAGAGGAUGAAUUUGUUGGACAAACUGAAGAAGCUGUUGGUGUCAUGAAGAAUGUCCUCGAUACCCCUGAACCACUCCGAAACCUUGCUGAUCUUAUCGCCGCUCAACUCGAAUACCAUAAGAAGGCAUACGAAAUUCUUAGUGAACUCGCCCCUGUUGUUGAUGGUCUUCAAGUUGAACAAGAAGCCAGCUAUCGAAAGAGUCGUGAUGGUGGAAGUGCUUAA